AUGACAUCCAACUGCUGUGUCACCAAUAGCUCACCUGCCUCUGUCAAAAGCUGCCCCCGACCCUCCUCUGUCUGCUCCAGCAGUGUGAGCUGCCGGCCUGAGCUCUACCUGGGUUAUAUCUGCCAGCCCAUGACAUGCAUGCCUUCCUCCGGCAUGCCAACCACCUACUGGCCAUCCAGCUGCCUCUCCAAGACCUAUCUGCCCAGCUCCUGCCGGCCCAGCAGCUGCUGGCCAACUGGUAGCAUCUCCAGCUCCAUGGGUACGUGUGGCUGGUAUUGUGAAGGGUCUUUCAAUGGCAAUGAGAAGGAGACCAUGCAGUUCCUGAACGACCGCCUGGCCAACUACCUGGAGAAGGUGAGGCAGCUGGAGCAGGAGAACGCCAACCUGGAGAACAAGAUCCAAGAGGCCUGCCAGUCUCAGGUGCCCACCUUGUGUCCAGACUACCAGUCCUACUUCCAAACCAUUGAAGAGCUCCAGCAGAAGGUUCUGUGCACCAGGGCAGAGAAUGCCAGGAUGGUUGUGCACAUUGAUAAUGCCAAGCUGGCUGCGGACGACUUCAGGACCAAGUAUGAGACGGAGCUGUCCAUGCGGCAGCUGGUGGAGGCUGACAUCAAUGGCCUGCGCAGGAUCCUGGAUGAUCUGACCCUGUGCAAGGCCGACUUGGAGGCCCAGGUGGAGUUCUUGAAGGAGGAGCUGCUGUGCCUCAAGAAGAACCACGAAGAGGAAGUCAGUACCCUUCGAUGUCAGCUUGGGGACCGCCUUAACAUUGAGGUUGAUGCUGUACCCCCAGUGGAUCUGAACAGGAUGCUGGAAGAGAUGCGGUGUCAGUACGAGACCGUGGUGGAGACCAACCGCAAGGGCGUGGAGGAAUGGUUCAACACACAGAUGGAGGAGCUUAACCAGCAGGUGGCCACGAGCUGCGAGCAGCUUCAGAGCUACCAGUCGGACGUCAUUGAUCUGAGGCGGACGGUCAACACACUGGAGAUCGAGCUACAGGCCCAGCAGAGCCUGAGGGGCUCUCUGGAAAAUAUGCUGACCGAGACGGAGGCCCGCUGCAGCUCUCAGCUGUCCCAGAUGCAGUGCGUGAUCACCAAUGUGGAGACCCAGCUGGCUGACAUCCGCUGUGACCUGGAGCGUCAGAACCAGGAGUACAAGGUGCUGCUGGAUGUCAAGGCCCGGCUGGAGUGUGAGAUCAACACAUACCGGGGUCUGCUGGAGAGUGAGGACUGCAAGUUGCCCUGUAACCCAUGCUCCACUCCUUCCUGUCCUCCUUGUGCACCCUGCCAGCCUUGUGUGCCCCGCACCAUCUGUGUGCCUCGCACCGUCUGUGUGCCUUGCAUGCCUGGUCCCCAAGGCCACUACUGAAGUUCCUUAGCGCUUCAGAAGAACUGGUGCCUCCUCAGGCUGGGCCUGACCACAGUUCUGGGGCCACCAACAGAGCAGGGCCAUUUCCCACCAGCAAGGAAGACCUCGGGCAGGAAGCAGGAAGUGGAUGCCUGCAAGGUGCCCUGAUGCUCCAGGGUGCACUAGCCCUCAUCACUUAGAACCUUCCUCUCUUCUGUUCCCAUGGGUGAACUGCUCUCUGGGGAUGUUUCUGGUUGGUUGUUCUGCCUCAAAGAGCAUGUGCUCUAAGUCAAUUGGCAAAUAAAGCCUUAUUCAGUGGCCCUGCAAAUACGGCUUUCUCUUGUUUUGUCACUUAUGCUGCUGUAUCCUCAAGCCAAUUCUACUCAGGUGGGAUCAAGAGGAAUGUGGCCAAAUUCUAGAUUUAUUUUUUAUGUCCCUUUUGCUUCCAUAGGCUUGAGAGGCUUUCAUUAAAAAGGCCCACAUGCCAUAAACCAGUUAAAACCAGGUAAUUGGUCCAGAGCCAAGUAAUAAAAGAAUAAAGGGAGAUAAUAAUGCCAGAAACUUAGGCCAAACCACUGUAACUGAGAAUAAAACCCACCCUUAAACCUCAUUACAGCUGGUACAAUGGGAUCAUUCAUUCACUCAAAAAUCUUCACCUACUAGGUGCCAGGCUCUGCAUUUGUUGUUGUUGUCAGUUGCCAUCCAGUCGACUCUGACUCAUGGCAACCUUGCGUAUAGAGAACAAAAUGUUGCCCAAUACUGUGCCACCCUCAUGGUUGUUGGUAUGUUUGAGUCCACCGUUGUGGCUAUCGUGUCAAUCCAUCUCACUGGGAGUUUCCCUCGUUUUCCUGACCCUCUACCAAACGUGAUGUUCGUUUUUAGUGAUUGGUGUUUCCUGAUGGCGUGUCCAAAGUAAGUGAGCUGAAGUCUUGCCAUCCUCACUUCUACGGUGCAUUCUGGUUGUAUUUCUCCUAAGAUUGAUUGAUUUAUUCUUCCGGCAGUACACAGAAUAAUUUAUU